AUGCUGCUCACGCUGCUCCUCCUGCCCAGCCUCCUGGGGGCUGCCACUGGCGGCCCCGUCCCGGGCAUCUCGGGCCCCCCAGACUGUGCCAGGGGCUCCAGGGUGUGGUGCCAGGACCUGCAGGCAGCCGUGAAGUGCGGGGCCGUGGGGCACUGCCAAGAGGCCGUCUGGAGCAAGCCCACUGCCAAGUCCCUGCACUGCGAAGUGUGCCAGGAUGUCGUGGCCGCGACCGGCAAUGGGCUGAACCCAGCUGCCACGGAUUCUGAAAUCCUGACGUCUCUGGUGAAGACCUGCGAGUGGCUCCCCGGCCAGGAGUCUUCAGCCAGGUGCAGGCAGAUGGUGGCUGCCCACGGCCCAGCCCUCCUAGGCAUGCUCCGCAGAGCCCCGGGCAGUGCCCCAGCACAGGUGUGCUCAGCACUCACCCUGUGUGAGCCGCUACAGAGGCUCCUGGCCGCUCCGGGGGCUCCACUCACCCCGGGGGGGGCACUGGAGGUUGUGGCCCCAUUCCUGGCCAAUGGAGCCCUCACUUUCCACCCCCGAUCCCCAGCGCCAGUGCCCGAGGACGCGGUGUGCCAGAACUGCAUCCAGCUGAUCUCCCGGCUCCAGGAUACCAACUUGACCCUGGCCGAGGUGAGCAUCUGGGAGCAGUGUGAGUCCUUGGCAUCCAGCCUGGCUCUCCUCUGUAAGAACUACAUCCACCAGCUCUUUGUUCCCACGGAGCAGGCCCUGCGGGUUCUCCCGCCACGGGAGGUCUGCAGGAAGGGGGGCUUCUGUGAGGAGCUCAGGGGGCCAGCGCAGCAGCUGGCACAAGUGGCCGCUGUGGAUGGACUGCCCCCCGUGGAGCUGGAGCUGCCCAAGAUGACAAGCGAGGUGCAGAUGCAGUCCGGCCUGACCUGUGAGGUGUGCCUGGGCGUGAUUACGGAGAUGGACCAGUGGCUCCUGUCCAAUGGCACGGAGGCCUUCAUCAGCCACUCCCUGGAGCGCGUGUGCACCAUCAUGCCCCCCUCCAUCAUGCAGCAGUGCGUCGUCAUGGUGGACACCUACAGCCCUGCCCUGGUGGAGCUGGUAACCAAGAUCACUCCAGAGAAAGUGUGCCAGACCAUCCGGCUGUGCAGCCGCCGGCGGCGCGCCCGGUCCCUCUCCAGGGGGCCCCCAGCCACCCCUGCACCCCCACCGUCACCAGUGCUGCUGGACGAGGAGAACCAGGGCAGCUUCUGCAACAGCUGCAAACGCCUGUUUCACCUGUCUUCCGAGAACCUGGAGCUCAAGAGCACCAAGCGUGACAUCCUGAUGGCCUUCAAGGGCGGCUGCAGCAUCCUGCCGCUGCCCUAUAGGAUCGAGUGCAACCGCUUCGUCACGCAGUACGAGCCCGUGUUCAUCCAGAGUGUCAAGGAGAUGAUCGACCCUGUGGCUGUGUGCAAGAAGGUGGGGGCCUGCCACGCCCCCAAGACCCCACUGCUGGGCACCGACCAGUGCGUGCUGGGCCCCAGCUUCUGGUGCCGCAGCCGGGAGGCCGCUGAGCUGUGCAACGCAGUGGAGCACUGCCAGAGGCAGCUGUGGAAGCAGAGGCACCACCAUGCCAGGGUGCACCCGUGACCCACGCGGCUGCCAAGCGCCAGUGCUGCGAGGCUCCCACAUCCCGCAGGCACCCUAGGAGGUGGGUGCUGUCCUGUCCCAUUUCACAGAUGAGAAACUGAGUCUUCGCAGAGAGGCUGUGGGGAACAGACCUGACCACCAAGGCCAGGCUCCAGUCCUGCAGGGCUCCGUGUAACACCUCUGCCUGGUGGCUUUGCCCCCGCAAAUGUCACCAGCAGAGUGGAGCGGCGGGAGUGCACCGUCCCACCCCAGCCAAGACUGCUCACUGCGCCGUGA